AGUGGGGGAAGGUAGGUUCCGCAGCCACGCGCAAUUUAUCCGCGGUUGAGCUCCGGGCUUUGCAAGGAGAAUGAAGACAUUGCUGGCGCCUGAGCUCCGUGGCAAAGAUCAGGAUGCGGCAGGACCUCUUUCUGGACCUUCCAGGACUCCAGCAGUUGGCGGGGGAAACUGCGCGUAAUCCCCGCCCUCGAGCAGCUUUGGCGCGAGUCGGCGGAGCGUUUGGUCUUUGCUCCUGCGUCCCGCGGAAAGAGGCCGCGCUGCGCCUUUCGAGUGGGCAAUUCCGCCGUCGGCAGCAUGGACCCCUUCGGCCUGCAGGUAGGGGCGUCGGGGGAAGGAAGAAGCCCACAGCAUUCCGCAAUACAAAACUGAUCCCCAUGGAAACCUCUUCAUCCUCUGAUGACAGUUGUGACAGUUUUGGCUCUGAUAAUUUUGCAAACACGAAACGGAGCUUCAAGCCACAAGUUGCAGAGGAAAUAGCAAAAAUAUUUUAUGAGGAUUCGGAUGAUGAAUCAUUCUGUGGUUUUUCAGAAAGUGAGAUUCAGGAUGUGCUGAAACUGGAUACAGACUCGGAGGAAAACAUGAGCGACGGAGAUAAAUUUUCAUGUAAGAGGCCACGGAAGUGCUCUGUUCCCCUUAAAGUCGCUAUGAAGUUUCCACUUCGAAGAUCUAAGAGGGGGAAGAGUGAAAUAAUUUUAGCCCCGGAACCUCCCUCCGAACUGGAAUUGGACUCUGAUUCCGAUGAAGAAAGAGGCCCAAAAUUCUUAGAGAAAAGGGCUUUAAAUAUAAAGGAGAAUAAGGCCAUGCUUGCAAAACUAAUGGCAGAAUUAAAAAACGUGCCUGGAAUUUUUACAAGGAAAGGUCCCCUGGCAACUCCAACCUUGAAACCGCAGCGAUCUCCAAGGAAAUCAUUUCCCAGGCGUUCUUUAAGGAGGAAUCCAGAAAGAAAUGCCAGGCCUCACACAAGAUCCAGGUCCCUGAUCGAAGGUCCUCCAAGCCCUGUUUCGGAGAAGGAGGAGGAGGAUCCGUACUACUUAGUGAGAAGGAAAAUGUCUGAUGAAUACUCUGAGGAUGAAUCGGACGGUCCCAGAAGAAAAAGUUCUAUGACUCUCCCCCACGUUAUCCGCCCAGUGGAAGAAAUCAGUGAGGAAGAGUUGAAUGGUAUCUGUGAGAGUGCAAGAGAUAAAGUGUAUAAUCGUGUGACGGGUUCCACUUGCCAUCAGUGUCGGCAGAAGACUAUAGACACCAAGACAAACUGUCGCAAUCCAGAAUGUUUGGGGGUGCGUGGUCAGUUCUGUGGGCCUUGCCUACGCAACCGCUAUGGAGAAGAAGUCAGGACUGCUUUGCUGGAUCCGGACUGGCAUUGCCCACCUUGCCGUGGCAUCUGCAACUGUAGCUUCUGCAGGCAGCGGGAAGGACGAUGUGCUACAGGUGUGCUUGUUUACCUGGCCAAAUACCAUGGCUAUGACAACGUCCAUGCUUACUUGAAAAGCCUGAAACAAGAACUUGAAAUGCAAGAAUGAAAAUUGGACGUGGUUCUAUGGUCAUUGGCAAAACUGACUUUAAGGUGGUUUGUUUGUUUUGAAGGUGUUGGUUGCUGUUUUUUAACCAAGCAUUCAUUUUCCCCCAAGUUUUAAGAACAAAACCCUUUGUGGCAUUUGACUGAAGUUCCACAUUACGGGGUGUGGAUUUCUAAUUCCGUUAGGUAGCAGUUUUCCUUUCAUGCUGGAUGCAAUUAGUUGUUACGUGUGUUAAGCCAUAGUGUGGCUUUACACAAGGGUUGAAGCUUGCAGAAAGAGAUGCGUAUGGUUGAAUUUUCCUGAAUCUCACUAAGCGAAGCAGCAGGUGGGGUGAAUCUCCGCACAACUUAAGGGAUUUACAUGGUUAAAUGUAUAUCUUGCAGUCUGGAGCUGCUGCCAUCACAAUAUUAGUUCAUCCUUUAGGGGUUUCUUUUUAGAUUUAGCAACAAACCAGACAAAUCGGGAAUCUGACUAGAAAUACUGUUAGUCUUAACGGAUGUUGCAGGAGAAGAUAGCAGUGACAAAGGUGACAUUUUCUAAACUGAAAGUUUUGGUGGGGGUUGAGCCGCUUUGCAUCUAGAGCUAUAAAGGUACAGUUUAUCCUUCAUGCUCAAGAAAGCAAUUAGUUGUUUUUAUCCAUCAUAAAGUAUGGUAUGAAUAGAUUAAUAAACGUUAUACAGUGCUCCAAAUAGUAGAUUUAAAAAAGGAUGAACAAACUUAGCUGCUGAUAACGUCUUAAAAGUUCUUAAAGCCGCUGUGUUGCUGCGGGCUUGAUCUGAAAUAUGUGAUGGAAAACCAUGUAUGUCUUAAAUUUGGGGUGAUUCAUGCAGGAGCAUGUCCUUUUAACCCAUCUCAUGCAUAAUGUCUAACAUAGAGCUUAUUGUGUGUGGGAUCUUGCACAUUGCAUGAACAGGGGAUACAGUUAUAUAUGCUUAAGCCUUGCAUUGUACUUUAUGCUGUCUGGGUGAUAAGCCAGCAGCUUGCUCUCAUGCUCAUGGUAUGUGUCUAUAGCUCAUCCACGCAAGGGACCAGGUUGCUGAGCGUAGACUGAUCUAGAAGCUGAUAGUCCUGUAUGUUUCAAAGUGCAUUUAGUUAAUAGGCCACAGGACUUCCGCUUCAAACAGUUAAUAAUGGCUACAAAAUUUCACACUGAUACGGACUCUUGUACAACAGGCGGGAAUUGUGUUCCUAAACCUUAAAGUUGCUUGAGAACAUAAAAGGUUUCAUUUUGGUAGGACAAAAGCAACUUGCCACUUAGUUGUUGCUUGUAACACCGUACUGCCUGCAGUUGUCUACAUGUGUGGCACUGUAAACUAAAAAUGGUUGCUGAAAACCUUAUUCCUUGUGUGGAUAGGAUGUGGGGGCAGGGUUGCUAUCCAAUCAUACAUUUUUGGAAGGUAAAAAUCUGCUAUUUUGCAUCUACUUUUUUUUUUUGACAUGGAUAUAAAAUUCUCACAUGCGUUCUGCUUUUCCAACCUUUUGUAGAAGUUCCUCUAUCAUACAUAUAAAACCUAGUUCAAAACCUGUUCAAAGAUGCUUUUGUAUAUAUGCUAGAUCCCAUGCAAUGUCUGCUCUAGCUUUCUUCAAGCAUCGCAAAAGACUACUGUUAGUUAUGCAUACUGUAAAUGGAUCCUGUGAUCUACAGAGCUCUUAUGUACAGAGUGUAGUUUUGAUAAUAAAAACCUUGCCUCGAAAUAA